CAUGCAAUGCAAAAAUCAGUGGUAACACAACUAGUACCAUUCUCUCAUAAAACAAAUGGACUCUAUGGUAGAAAUGCAAAACAAGUCCAUAGUUGAAAUUCUCUACAAAGCACUUUUGGGCCAAGGAACAAUGGAAAUGGUAGCCAAAUUGCUAGCAAGUGAUCUUGAGUAUUGGUUCCAUGGCCCACCACAAUGUCAACACAUGAUGAAGGUGUUAACAGGAGAAACAGAUCACAAAAAAGGGUUCAAAUUUGAGCCAAGAAGUGUGACUUCAAUUGGUGAUUGUGUGAUAACUGAAGGUUGGGAAGGACAAGCUUAUUGGGUUCAUGUUUGGACAUUGAAAAAUGGGUUAAUUACACAAUUUAGAGAGUAUUUCAAUACAUGGCUUGUUGUGAGAGAUUUGAGGCCAUUAAGGUGGGAAGAUCAUAAGCAAGAUAACAUGACAUUGUGGAGAAGUCAACCUCGUGAUCUUUAUCGUAGGUCACUUCCUGGACUUGUCUUGGCUAUUUAGACACAACACAACUCAUUACAUGUGCUGCUCAAUUUGGUUGUUAUGUAAUGUAAUCACUAUUUUGUACAAUGUAUCAUGAAUUUCGUCCUGUGAAUUAAACAUCAUUUUCAAAUUAUUAGCAGGUUUUAAUUAGUAGCUAUAUAUUUGGCCUGUGGAGAGAGAGAUCUUUGAACUACAAAGGUUUUCAAGAAUAUCUUUUAAAUUUGUACACCCUUUUUUUUAACAAGCCAAAAUGGAAUUAAUAUAUCAAAAGGAGUUAUUCAUCUCC